CGCUCCCACAGGGCGGCUGUGAUUGGCGCGGGCCCCCGAGCCUCCGGGGUCGUGACAUCGCCGCGCAACAAAAAGCCCCGGCGGCGGCGGCGGGCGGCCACCCCCGGCCAUGGGAGCGGAGACAAGUCAAGCUUCAUGUUGAUGUUGCUGCUGGAGUCUCGGUAAAUGUCCAUCUGUCUGAUGAGCGUGAUGCAAAGGACAUUUUUGAAAAGGAGCCUUUUAACUCCGUAGACACGUAGGGACCCAUUCACGGGCAGGCACACACACGCGAGGAGGAGGAAGAAGAAGAAGCAACUUCACGAUCGCUGCUUUUAAAAGGGAGACGCUUUUUCCCUGGCUGGGACUUGCCUUCUGCCUCCUCAACCAGCUGCUAAAAGUAUGUUUCCGAGGCGGACUGCACUUCAGGGAGCUUCUAUUUUCUGCUCGGCAGCUGUAGAGGAGCAGCAGCGAAGUUUGGAGUAACACCAAGUGAUGCGGGAAAAACACUCCGAGAGCAGAACACCCUCCUGCAGACACAACCCCUGCUGCUGCACACAGGUUGAUCAUGGUUGCCGUGACCCGCUCGCUCCUGGCGCUGCUGCUCUGCCAGGCGCUGCUGGGCGGCGCGGCCGGGCUCAUGCCGGAGGUGGGUCGGCGGCGCUUCAGCGAGCCGGGCCGCGCCGCCUCGGCCGCGCAGCGCCCCGAGGACCUGCUCAGCGAGUUCGAGCUGCGCCUGCUCCACAUGUUCGGGCUGAAGCGGCGGCCCAGCCCCGGCAAGGACGUCGUCAUCCCGCCCUACAUGCUGGACCUCUACCGCCUGCACGCGGGGCAGCAGCUGGGGCAGCCGGCGGCGCUGGGCUUCCCGCUGGAGCGGGCGGCCAGCCGCGCCAACACCGUCCGCAGCUUCCACCACGAAGAAGUUUUGGAAGAACUGCCAGAAACGAGUGGGAAAACAGCACGGCGUUUCUUCUUUAAUUUAACUUCCAUCCCUAGCGAGGAGUCUAUCACCUCAGCUGAACUCCAGAUUUUUCGGAAACAGGUGCACGGAGCUUUUGAGAACAACAGCAGCUACCAUCACCGUAUUAAUAUUUAUGAAAUUAUAAAGCCAGCCACAGCCACCUCUAAGGACCCUGUCACAAGACUUUUGGACACCAGGUUGGUGCAUCAUAAUGCAAGUAAAUGGGAAAGUUUUGAUGUAACGCCAGCUGUUUUGAGGUGGAUUGCACAUGGACAACCUAAUCAUGGGUUUGUGGUAGAGGUGGUUCACUUGGACAAAGAAAACAGUGCCUCCAAGAGGCACGUUAGGAUUAGCAGGUCUUUACAUCAGGAUGAAGAUAGCUGGUCUCAGCUCAGGCCAUUGUUAGUGACGUUUGGGCAUGAUGGCAAGGGACACCCGCUCCAUAAAAGAGAAAAGCGUCAAGCGAAACACAAACAGCGUAAACGGCACAAAUACAGUUGCAAAAGGCAUCCGUUAUAUGUGGACUUCAAUGAUGUGGGGUGGAAUGACUGGAUUGUGGCCCCGCCGGGGUAUAGUGCCUUUUACUGCCAUGGGGAAUGUCCCUUCCCGCUGGCAGAUCACCUAAACUCAACAAACCAUGCCAUUGUUCAGACUUUGGUCAAUUCGGUGAAUUCCAAAAUCCCCAAGGCUUGCUGUGUGCCGACAGAACUGAGUGCUAUUUCCAUGCUCUACCUUGAUGAAAAUGAAAAAGUUGUAUUAAAGAACUAUCAAGAUAUGGUCGUGGAGGGUUGUGGGUGCCGCUAACACAGCAAAUAUAUUAGACAAAUGCAAAAAAAAAUAGCUGACACUUUAAUAUUUCCCAAUGAAGACUUUAUUUAUGUAAUGAAAUGGAAAGAAAAAAAACACAACUAUUUUGAAAAUAUAUUUAUGUCUACGAAAAAGUUGGGAAAACAAAUAUUUUAAUCAGAGAAAUAUUCCUUUAAAGAUUUUAAAUGUAUUUUAGUUGUACAUUUUAUAUGGGUUUAACCCCAGCACAUGAAGUAUAAUGGUCAGAUUCUUAUUUUGUAUUUAUUUACUAUUAUAACCACUUUUUAGAAGAAUAGCUAAUUUGUAUUUAUAUGUAAUCAAAAAAGAAAAAAAUAUAGGGUUUGUACAUAAUUUUCCAAAAUUGUAGCUGUUUCAAUUGUGUGUAUUUAAGUUGAAAAGAAAACAUGGAAGGUUACUAUGGCAAAGUGCAUAGCACAUUUGCUUUCUGCUGUGCUACUGUUAAGGUCACAAGUUCAAGUCCAGAAAAAAGUGGAUAAUCCACUCUGCUGACUUUCAAGAUUAUAUUGUACAAUUCUCAGGAAUGCUGCAGGGUGGGCUGUCCAAUCCAUGAGAACUGGCAUCCUCUUUAGGUGGAACAUUUGGAUAAGAACCAGACGUUGCUGAUCUAGUAUAAAUACUGCUUUUCCCAACUAAUUUGCAGUGUGAAUAUAAGGGCCAAUAGAAAUCCUAUGGGAGCUGGGGGUGGGGGAAGACUGAAUCCUUUCUAGACCUACAGAAAAGUGAAUGUUUGAUGUUUCCUUUAAAAGUCCUUCCUUUAAAAGUCCUGGCCAAAUAUGAAAUAAUAAAAACUAAAAUGUCAUCCUUUUUUUUGUGAUUAUCUAUGCUAAAGAGGAAUACUUACCUAAUUUGUACCGGCCCUUGUCUUUAACAGUUGGAAAAGCCUUGCAUACUUCCUCACCUCAGAUGAGAGCUCACUUCUGUGGAGUGUUACAGUGAAAUUAAUCUGCAAUUUUUGCCCUACAUGCAGCAAGCUGUUGUCAUAUGCAGCCUCCUCUCUAACCUCAGCUGAUGGUUUUGCUGUUUGGCAGAUUAGCCUCUCUUCAUUUCCAGGGUUUUGUGUUGGAAACCUUUUUUUUUUUUCUUCCCAAAUGUUUAAAUCUAUUUCGGAUAAUAAACCAUAGAAUUCUGAUA